CUUGCUCUCUCCAAGCCUCUAGGAUCCAACUAAGACGGCCUAUCGCCCUCGGAUUGUCGUUGGGUACCUUUUGUCCUUUCGUCAUCCAUUUAUUCCAGUGGCUGAAAUUGCCCCACGACACUUAGCGGUCGAUCGGCAUUCCCCCGUCUCUUUCUCCAUUAUUGGCUGCUUUCCCUCCGCCAGCUGUUGUUGUUCUUGCUGCCAGGUACUACUGUGUAGUACUUUGAUUCCCCUCCAGGUUCUUUAUCAAACAUACAACCACCGUUCAUUUCAUUGUUUUCCACGGCCCCUCCCAUCCCCAUCGCCAUCAGGUACCUACCUACCCACACCCACCCACCAUGACACUCCGCAGCACCGCAGAAGAAAUGGAUAGGCUCCAACUUUCCGAUGAUGACACAGAAGACCUCUGGAAUUCCCCUUCCAAACGCGGAAACAAAAAGCUACACCACAGGGUCGUCAAAGAAGAGAGUUUGUCGCCGGAACCCACCAUUCCCCACGAUGGAGGAGAAACGUUGUUUGACCGCCAGGAGGCACGGGAAGCUGCGUUGCGCAGUGAACUAGAGAGCGUCCGCAAGAUUAACCAGGUCAUCGAGGGUCUGUUAGGAAGCCUCGAUUGUGCCAAGGGGAACAUGGAUACUGUCUCGCGAACUCUAGACUCUGCGUCUACAUUACUCAACACCUGGACUCGCAUCCUUUCCCAAACCGAGCACAACCAGCGGCUAAUCCUCAAUCCCAACUGGCAAGGCGCGGUCCAAGAUGUUGCCGAAAUGGAGAAUGAAGAGCUACUCCGGCAACAGGCUGCAGAAAGACGUGAACGGGAACUUCAGCAGCAAAGGGAAGCUGCUGUCCGAAAGGCUGAAGAGGACCAGCGCAAGAGGGCGCUCGCUGCGGGCACCCGCCCUACGCGUGGAACCACCCGCGGAAAGGUGGUGCGUAGCGGUCUGGGAAGGACCCCGAGUGUCUCAUAUUCAGGGACCAGCUCCAGCGCUACGAGAACGACGACAUCGUCAACGGCUGGCAAAUCAUCAACGACCUCCACGACGCGUAGGCCGGUCAGUGGGAUUGCGCGGGGCACAGGGAUUGCGCGUGGACGCGGCAGGGCGUAGAGGCGGUGACCAAACAAUGAACGAACCACCGGGUUCCAUGUACAGUACGAGAGAAUCUGGGACGAAAGCCAAUGACAGUAAUGAUAUGAUGAUACCCAAGCGAGGCGAAGCGAAGCCGGAAGUAAACAAAUCUGAACGCUGAAGACGGCGG